GGUGUCCGCAGCCGGGCUGACCAUCUGCCAUGUAGGCUAAUAUAAACAUUGUAAACACAAUUUUCAUUCAUCGAACAUUCAUCACACUUUGUUUUAUUCAUUUGAGAAACCGGGAUUUUUAAAAACAUUUCAAAUGUGGCUUCCUAUUAUUUGCUUUCUUUUAAUUUUGCAGCAAUUGAAUGGUGAAGAAGAGACGAGAAAUGCUGCCGACAAAUUAAAAGGUAUUACAUUUUACUUAAAAUUUUAUAUAUAAACUGUUGUUUUGUGACAAAUGACAAAUGUAUUAUUGCACUACACAUGAAUGCACAGUACGACCACGCUUUAUUUUAUGUAAACUAUAUUAUACAAAUGCAUUUUAUAUAUACUUCCAUCAUUUACUCUCAAUUCAAGCGUACUUUAGAAUAAGCAAGCUUUGUUGCUUUUUUUAGAAAAAUUGAUCAUUAUCCCAAUUUUUUUGUCUAUAAAAUAUUCAAUGAUUGAUUCCAGACAGCUGUUUGACAGGUGCAUGGCGAUUUUUUCAACUAUAAUUUUUUAUUUUAGCAGUUGCAAACCCAAGAUUAACCUUACCAGAUUAACCUUUUGAAUGCAAAGGAGGUGACAACAUAGUUCAGGGCGUGACCCCCAGUUUGUAUGUUUAAAUAGACAGACACUAGUCUGGACAAAGGGGGGUAGGGGACAGUCCUCCCCCCCAAUAAUUUCUGAAAGCCUUUGAGUGAUAAUUAAAUUGUGUAAUGAAGCUAUAGAAAUAAUUUGACAACACAUUCUUUAUUCUAGGUCAUCUUGAGGCCAUAGGUUCUCAAGGCACAUUUUUAGGAAAUAUACCUGAAUUAAAAUUUUCUCCCGAUGGUAAAUACUUCUAUAAAAAUUUUAUUCAUGGACGUGAACCUGUGGUUAUCCGAAAUGCGGCAAGUCAUUGGUUGGCUGUGAAAAACUGGCCAAAUGAAACGUACCUGAACUUGACAUAUGGAGAACUGCCAUUUACAGUGCACAUGUACAAAGUUUACAGGGACGCGUUAAGUGUCCGCAAGGACAUGAACUUAUCACAUUUCCUGGAAAUUUACAAAGAGCAAUCUGUAUAUUUGGAUUCACCAUUUCCCCCUUCAAAUUUGAUUAAUGAGAUUAGUCUACCAUCUAUACUCCAGUGUAAAGAGAUCAGUUCCACUAUAAGUGAUGUCUAUCUUCUCAUGAGCAGUGGAAACACCAGUUCACCAUUACAUCACGAUGGAUAUGAAAAUAUUUUAGCAAUAAUCUCAGGGACAAAGAAAGUUAUUCUCUUCAAAAGUUCUUACAGUGAAAAUGUUUAUGCUGAUGAGUUUAAUGUGUUACCUGGUCUUUCACCAAUUGAUCCUGAAAAAGUGGAUCUAGAGAAAUUUCCUAAGUUUGCAGAUGUCAUGUAUUAUGAGUCUGUACUUAAUCCUGGUAAGUGCAAGUACAGAUCAAUGGUAGAUUGUUUUGAUGAUGGUGGUGGUGGUUGAUAAAGAAAGGAUUGAUGGUGGUGCUGAAUGAUGUUGGUGGUGAUGAUGGUGGUGCUGGUAAUGAUGGUGGUGACAAUGAUGUUGGGUGAUAAAGAUGGUAAUGAUGAUGAUGGUGCUUGUAAUGAUGGUGCUAAUGAUGAUGAUGAUAAUGGUACUGAUAAUGAUCAUGAUAUUGAUGAUCAUGAUGGUGAUGAUGAUGAUGGUGCUGAUAAUGAUCAUGAUAGUGAUGAUCAUGAUGGUGAUGAUGAUGAUGGUGCUGAUAAUGAUUAUGAUAGUAAUGAUCAUGAUGGUGUUGAUAAUGGUCAUGAUAGUGAUGAUGAUGAUGGUGAGCUGAUAAUGAUCAUGAUAGUGAUGAUUAUGAUGGUGAUGAUGAUGAUGGUGCUGAUAAUGAUCAUGAUAGUUAUGAUCAUGAUGGUGAUGAUGAUGAUGAUGAUGAUGGUGCUGAUAAUGAUCAUGAUAGUAAUGAUCAUGAUGGUGAUGAUGAUGAUGGUGUUGAUAAUGGUCAUGAUAGUGAUGAUGAUGAUGGUGAGCUGAUAAUGAUCAUGAUGAUCAUGAUGGUGAUGAUGAUGAUGGUGCUGAUAAUGAUCAUGAUAGUAAUGAUCAUGAUGGUGAUGAUGAUGAUGGUGCUGAUAAUGAUUAUGAUAGUAAUGAUCAUGAUGGUGUUGAUAAUGGUCAUGAUAGUGAUGAUGAUGAUGGUGAGCUGAUAAUGAUCAUGAUAGUGAUGAUUAUGAUGGUGAUGAUGAUGAUGGUGCUGAUAAUGAUCAUGAUAGUUAUGAUCAUGAUGGUGAUGAUGAUGAUGAUGAUGAUGGUGCUGAUAAUGAUCAUGAUAGUAAUGAUCAUGAUGGUGAUGAUGAUGAUGGUGUUGAUAAUGGUCAUGAUAGUGAUGAUGAUGAUGGUGUGCUGAUAAUGAUCAUGAUGAUCAUGAUGGUGAUGAUGAUGAUGGUGCUGAUAAUGAUCAUGAUAGUAAUGAUCAUGAUGGUCAUGAUGGUGAGCUGAUAAUGAUCAUGAUGGUGGUGAUGAUGAUGGUGAGCUGAUAAUGAUCAUGAUGGUGAUGAUGGUGAGCUGAUAAUGAUCAUGAUGGUGAUGAUGAUGAUGGUGAGCUGAUAAUGAUCGUGAUGAUGAUGAUGGUGAUGAUGAUGAUGGUGAGCUGAUAAUGAUCAUGAUAGUGAUGAUGGUGGUGGUGAUGAUAAAUUAUGGCAGUGAUAAUAAUUGUAAUAGUCAUAAUAUUGGUGGUAGUGAUUAAUACCAUGCUGGUGUUGGUGAUGUGAUGGAAAUAAUGGUGGUGAUGUUGACAAUGUUAGUGACAUUUGGUCAUGUUGACUUUAAAUAGAAAAUGUUAAAAAUGAUUGUAUAAUAUAAAUAUUUUCAGGAGAUAUUUUAUACAUUCCUCAAUAUUGGUGGCAUCAUGUAACAUCAGCUGGUGCACCAAAUAUUGCUAUCAAUAUCUGGUUUGACAUGUUUAAUUAUGAAGAACAGUUUGAAAGUGCUGGUCUGAAGGAAAGUCAAGAUGUUGUCAAGGUAUAUUGAGUGAAGUAAUGCACAGAAAGUAAUCAAAGUAUGUCGCCUUGGCUUUACAAACUCGUUCUCGUGACGAUUGGCUUUAACAAGAAUUUGGACUAAAAAAACAAGGGCCUGAGGAAUUUUAGCAGGUUUUUCAAUUUUCAUGUUGGGAAAUUUUGAGGCAGCCCCCUAAUGUUUUGGUAGGCACUUAUUUUAGAACAUAUGUAUGGCAUAUUCUCUGUAUGUCUGGUCUUUUCUCUUUCAGACAACAGAACUAUUUGAAAAGUUAGCGAAAGAAGAGCCACAGAGUAUUGAAUGCAAGGAACAAGCCCCAGCUCUUGACCAAGCGUUAAAAAUUGUUUUAAAUGACAGUUCAUCUGAAUCACUGAGAAUACCUAAAGUGGCAAAACGACCUGCUGAUUUUAAAUUGAUCAGCGGUUACACAAGUGAGUUAAGGGAAGGUUUACUGCUCAGAAAAAUGAGGCAUCAAUGAUAAGAUAGCUUCCCUGUUUUCAGCCCUUUAAGAACAUCUCUACGUUUUUAGUGAAGGCCGGCUUUGAUAAGGAAUUUAGUGGCAGCCCUAGGCACAUCAGCUAUGGAAGCUGGACCCCAAAGUUUGAGAUUUUUAACUAAACAGUUUCAUUGGAUGGGUAGGCAAGCCAAUGUGGAGAAACGAUGUGCCAUCUAGGACGAUGAUAUCCAUCAAAUUAUAAAUUCAGACUGAUGAAGAUAACAGGAGAGGAAACAGAUCUGUUAGACUUGGCACCUGAAAGAAUUCAGUUUCAAACAUAAACUAUGAUAAAGUAAUUGGUUGUGUUCUUUUUCAGUGCCUCCCUUGGGUUUUGGUACAGCUGGCCUCCACCCUGAUGACAGACUGCCAGUAAUUCUCACAGCCUUGGAUGAAGGUUAUAGGUAGCAACAUGUUUAUUAUAUAUCAUUGUGGUGUAUGUCAACACCUUGCAUGUUGCGUGCUUCGAUGACGAUGGAACUACCUGAAAAAAAUAAACAUAGAUAACCAGUGGUGUGUUUAUGUACAUGCUAUUGUUUGGUUCUAGGUUAUUUGAUACCGCGCAGAUCUAUGGAACCGAGGUUCCUUUGGGAGCAGCAAUCAAGGAACGGAAUAUUCCUCGAGAUGAUGUAACCAUAGUUACCAAACUUCAUCCCCAGUACCACGGUUAUGAAUCCACGAUUUCCGCGGUUCAAGAGUCUCUGGAGAAUCUUCAAACUGACUAUAUUGAUGUAUUCCUUAUCCACACAAAAUACUGUGACGGGGGUUACUUCAAGUGUCCCGAAGGUGACUUUACGAUUCCUGUAGUUUGCUUGAUUUGUCUCAAUUACCGUGUGAGAAGAGUGCUUCCACAUCAUCUCUAUUUUCGCCACGUGCACACGUGAAAAUCUCACAACUUGUCAACAAGAUGUGUUCGCAACAGGCUUGUAGCAAGCUUGUCAACAAGUUGUAACAAUGCUGUUAUUUUAUCAAGUUGCUACAAGGUUGUUACUUGUUGACAAAUUGUUGAACUGUAGGACGAUAAAAUUUUUUUGGAACAACUUGUAACAAGUCUGUUGAGCUCAACAACCUUGUAGCAAGUUAUCAACAAGCCAUUGUUGACAACACAUCCUGUUGACAAGUUGUUGGAACAGCAUUGCUACAUGUCUGCUGCCGGUUUGUUACAACUUGUGCGUUUUUAUGUUUUCUCCUGUAAUAACACUGAAUCAAUAAAGGAUGGAACUCUUGGGGAAAACAGUUUAGAAUUGACAGGGUUUUCCAAUAGUAAAAUGCUAGUUAGAGCUAGAACAAUCAUUAUACUGCACAUAUUGAACUGUAGGUAAACCUGAAGGAACAUGGCAAGACAGUUGGCGUGCUAUGGAACAUCUUCACGAUGAAGGCAAAAUACGUAGUCUUGGAGUGAGCAAUUUUGAUGUCAUUGAUUUGAGAGAACUGGUGAACUUCACCAAGCUCCCUGUCUCUGUUGUACAGAACUGGUUUGAUCCUUUUCAUCAAGAUGAGAACGUCAGAGAAUUCUGUGGCAAACAUCGUAUUCAUUACAUGGGUUAUUCCACUCUUGGUACGUUUAUUGUUUUGUUUCAUCGAUAUGUAGUACAUACAACAUGAGUGACCAUGUUGUAUAAGAUAAACCCCAAUCGUUGCAUAUGUGAUGUAUAUUUUAUACACUUCAUACUUUUUAAUAAUCUUGGGCAUGAAUGACGAAUGAUAUUUAGUGUGAAAAAUGAAUUUAGGCCAAGUUCAAACGUUGAAUUUUUUAUUUGCCCAACCAAUUAAGUGCAAAUGAGCUCAAACAAAAGUUCUUGACAUUUAUAUUCAGUUCACAAUAAGCACGACGUUUGAAGUAAUAUUUUUGAAUGCAUUUAGUUUACUGGUAGCUAUAGUUCCAGACAAAUAAAUAGUUCUCAAUAUUUUUAGGUUCUCAAUGGACUACUUAUGGUGGCUUGGAGAGCAAUCCUGUGCUUACGUCUGCGACAUUCUUUGAGAUUGCAAGUCAUUACGAAUUUGUAGUGGCACAAGUCAUAUUGAGGUUGUAUUAUUGUUUUACAAAGGUUUAGCAUAGCCCAACUUUUAGACCUAUUUCAUUACCUAUUACAGUUACAUGGAUUUUGUAGAAAGCCAGGAGCACUUGCGAAAAAUGCAACUAUAGGUCCUCCACAGGAAUCGAUCCUGCGGCCCUGUGAUCCCGGUGUUGCGCAAGUUCGAUUGUUGGCUUGCCUACUCAAUGCGCAACUAAUUAGCCUUUCUCACGAUGAGAAUAUCCGCCAUUUUUGGGUGGCAUCUAAUUCUCGUUAACCAAUGCAGACAACUAAAACAAUGUGAAAAGCAAUUUUUUAAAAUAAACUAACCAUUUACAAAGCAAAUUUACCAUCAUUCGUCCAAAAAAUUAUAAAAAGUCGCUGUUAUGUGGACUUAUCUCGCAGACUUCGGCUGAAAUGCCACCCAAAAAUGGCGGCGUGAGAAAGGUUAAUUCUUAUACUCGUUCUCUUAAGGUGGGCCAUUCAUUUGAACAUAACUGUCAUCCCGCGGUCACAUGACCCACGUCAUAUUCUACUCAACUUCAAGACACUUGACAUGGAACUGAGCGAACAUGAAAUCAAGCUUAUCACUGAGGAAUGGUUACCAAGCACUAGCCAAGGAACAGAGCAAGAAUCAGAGAGCCUGGGGACAAAUGACGAGGAGCCUGCUGAUUUAGAGGGCCCGGAGGCCAGAGAAGAGAAUGAUGACAAUCAUGUGACGAGCGAUGGAAAUAAAGACGAACUGUAGAAAAUAAAAUUAAAUAGUUGAAACAUCUAAUGCCAGAAUGAAACGCAUCUGUAUUAAAACAAUAGGCCAUUAUUUAUUUCCAAAACAGUAGAGUAUUGUUCGUGAACACAAUAUAUAUAUAGUUCCAUUGUCAAUUUUAAUAAUGAUAUUGUUUUCAAACAGUGU